AACCGCAGUACACGGCGUAUCAUUCCCAGCGACCACGAGAGACUAGCUAGCCAAGUGCAUGCAACCAGCCAUGCAGGCCGGGAAGACGGCAGUGGAGGCGACGAAGGAGGCCGCGGCCAACGUCGGGGCCUCGGCGAACGCCGGCAUGCAGAAGACCCGUGCCGCCGUGCAAGGCCAGGUGGAGAAGGCCACGGCGCGCAACGCGUCGGACAAGGUCGCGGCCGAGGAGCGCCAGCGGGAGCGCGUGCGCGCCGCGGAGCUGGAGAAGCAGGACGCCGUGCGCGCCAACGCGGCCGCGAAGGAGCGCGCCAUUGGCGGCGCGGCCACGUACCAGCACCAGCACCCGUCGCAGGGCGCGCCCGGGAUCGGCGCCCAGCAGGAGUAUGGCGGCGGAAGAGUCGCCCCCGCGGGCGGGCACGUCGAGGCCGGCGUCGGCGAGACCCGUCCCGUCGCUAGGGGCACCGGCACGGCGCGGCCCAGCGCCGCGCACAACCCGCUCGUCGGCAGCGACUUCUCGCAGGCGCGCGGCACCGGCGGACAGUACCAGUGAGCGGCUGCCGCCGGGACGUGCCCGUACGUGUGACGUAUCAUGUGUGUGAGAUAGGCAUGUACACGAAUGGUCCUCGUGUGAUAAUCUAUGCUAAAUAAUAUGUCUCUAA